AUGCCCGGACGACAGGCUCACGGAAGGCCGCUCAUCUCUGCCAAGUCGGCGCCCAAGCCGCACAAGAAAUCCAGCCAAAAGGUCCGCGCCCGGGCUCUCGACGCCUUUGGCAUCGCCUCCGAACAGUUCCCCACAAAGGAGAAGAAGACACCACGGUUCCGUGAGAUCAACGCCGAUGUUGGGCGCAAGCACAGUCGCGAGGAAGAUGACGAAGACGAAGACGACGAAGACGACGAGGACGAGGCCCAGUCGAGGAGGAAGCGCGUGAAGCCCUCGGCGGCCCCCGCUGGCGAUGACGAGGAGGAUGAAUUCGGCAGCGACAGCGAGGGCAACGAGUGGCGAUACGGUGUCGGCGCCGAUGACGACUCGGAGCUUGACAGUGACGAGGCGUUUGGGGAAAGCGACGAGGAGGAGUUCCAGGGCUACACCUUUGGCAAGAGUUCGCAGAAGAAGACCAAGAAGACCAAGCAGGACCAUUCUGACGAUGACCACCCAUGCUCGAUAUGGCGGAAGACGAGUCAGACGAAGAAGAGGAGGAGGGAGAAUCUGAUGAAUGUUGAUUCUUCCAAGCUCGAUGCUCUGCAAACCUUCAUUUCUGGUUACGGCGGCGAAGACGGCAAGGAGGAUGCUCCGGAUGGAUCAAAGCCCCGCCAGAAGAUCAGCUUCAAGGACCUCGGUCUCGCGGGCGUCAAAGACCCGCAGAUGAAGAAAUCCAUGAAGCUCAUGUCCAAAGAGGAGAAAGAAGCCCGUCCAGGGGGCGCUAAGAAGCUUGCUAUUCCACUCGGCAAGCGCCAGCAGGACAAGCUGAGCCGCGCUGUUGCGUACGAAAAGACAAAUGAGACUCUCGAUCGCUGGACCGACCGCGUGAAGCAGGAUCGCCGCGCCGAGCAUCUCGUCUUUCCCCUGCCCGAGAACGCGCAGGAUGCAGGCCUCAACCACGACGAGCUGGCGCCCAUAACGUCCAAGACGACAGGCAACGAGCUGGAGCAGACCAUCAUGAGCAUCAUGGAACAGAGCGGUCUGGCGCUGAACAAAGAGGAAGAGAAGCGCAUCAAGGCCAAGGACAACCCGAGCGAGGGUCUCUCAAAGGAGGCGCUCCAGGAGCUCGUCAACCAGAAGCGCCAGGAGAAGGAGCUGCGCUCGCGCGAAGCCAAGCGCAACAAGCGCAUCAAGAAGAUCAAGAGUAAGGCGUAUCACCGUGUGCACCGCCGGCAGCGCGAGCGCGAUGAGCUCAAGCUCCACGAGGCCAUGGCGGAGGCAGGCGAGAUCGACUCGGAGGAGGAACGCGAUGCGCAGGACCGCGCGCGCGCCCUCGAGCGUGUUGGUGCUCGUCACCGCGACAGCAGGUGGGCCAAGGCCGGAAACUCGAACAAGCGUGCUGUCUGGGAUGACGACUACCGCUCCGGCCUCCACGACAUGGCCCGUCGUGAGGAGGAGCUACGGCAGCGCAAAGAGGGCCGCGCAGGUAAUGCUUCGGAUGACGAUGACGACGAAUACUCUGACAGCGGCUCCGAGGACGGCAAGAACCGAGACCUCCUGGCUCAGCUCGACAGGGCGGAGAAGUACGAUGAUGAUGAGCCCAAGUCUGCUCUCAUGAAGAUGAAAUCCGCAAGGACCUUGCCUCCGAUGCCGAAGGACGUGUCCGACGAGGAGGUCGAGGAGAUUGGCCGCAAAAAGUACGGUGGUGAACAGUCUUCCAUCUCGGCGCCAGCCCUGACGGCUGCCCGCGAGAAGAAGCGUGCCGCCGCUGCGGCAGCCGCCGGGGAAGACAACGACGCUCCUUCAGGGAAAGCCUCCCGCCCCAGAGCCGACGCCGCAUCCCUCAACAUCGGCACCUCCAUCACGGCCGACGGUACCGCCCUGAAGAGCGACGCCUGGUCCUCCAACGAACCCCGCCGCAAGAACAAGAAGCACGCGCCCGUCGUCGACACGAUCAGCACGACCGACAUCAUCAAGGCCGGCUCCAAGCGCGUCUCAAAAUCCACCAAGUCAUCGGCGGCCGGUACCGAGAUGGACGUCGACGGCGACGAUGCGGACCUUCACCUGCCCCUCGCCAUCCGCGACGUCGACCAGCUCGACCGCGCGUUCGCCGGCGACAAUGUCGUGGAGCACUUUGCGGCCGAAAAGGCCGAGAUGGAGACGGAGCAGGACGACAAGGUCAUCGACGAGACGCUGCCGGGCUGGGGCAACUGGGUCGGCGACGGCGUGUCGGCGCGCGACAAGGCGCGGCACAAGGGCAAGGUGCUCCGCAAGGUCGAGGGCAUCAAGAAGGCGAAUCGCAAGGACGCCAAGCUCGAAAAGGUCAUCAUCAACGAGAAGCGGGUCAAGAAUAACGACAAGUAUCUCGCCUCGCAGCUCCCCCACCAGUUCGAGUCGCGCGCGCAGUACGAGCGCUCCCUGCGCCUGCCCAUGGGCCCCGAGUGGCAGACCAAGGAGUCGUUCCAGGACGCGACGAAGCCGCGCGUGCUGGUCAAGCAGGGCAUCAUUGCGCCCAUGCUGCGGCCGACGCGGUAA